AUGAAGAAAUUUCUUAAAUCAAAUAUUUCAUAUUCAUGUCGUUUCAUGUUAAGAAAGAACAAUUUGAAAUUGAAACAAAUUUUUGUUUCACAAAUUUUAAGGCACCCUGUAUUGUUAUGAAAAAAGAACAAUUGGAAUAUAAAACUUCAGAGAGAAAAAAAGACAAAGAACGUUCAGAUGUUUCUUCGCUUUAAAAAUAAUUAAAGCUUGUAUAAUAUAUCAAAGACUUAAGUUUAUCAAAGUAUAAGGAGCAAUAAAACAAAUUGAUUGAAAAAAGCGUGUUAGAUAAGAACAUUAAAAAAUAGAUGCCUCACGCGAUGACUCUUGACGGAUUUUUCUGCUUCAGUCUUCACACCGGCUCAGUGUUGUUGGGAUGGCUUGGAUUUGUAUCAGCUUUCUUUUCAAUUAUUGGAUGGUCGAUGUCAUUCAAUGAUAUUGAUGGGAUGAUUAAGAACUUGAACAUCACAAAUGGAAGGAAUCCUGAAGACUUUAGCGACGCUGAUAUCGACUUCAUGCGAAAUAUGGCAAUCUCAAUAAUAUCAAUGCUUAUAGGAUUUUAUGUAAUUGAAGCAUUAGCUUCAUUAUUUUUGAUACAUGGAGCAUCAAACAACAAAAGACUUUUCCUUGUUCCAUGGAUGAUCGAAAGAGCGACGCAGUUAAUUUUCUAUACGAUUUUGUGGUUGUUUAUAGGGCUUUACUUUUUCACAUCCCCGCAAACUAUCGGCUACUCAUUGUUUGCAUUCGUAUUUGGUGGAAUUUCAUUGUUCUUCAAUUUCUAUUGCUUUUUGUGUGUCUAUUCGCUGUUUGUGUUAAUGAGGGAAGCCGAAGAAUAUCAACGAUUGGUUGGUGGCCAACAAUCACGUCCACCAAAUUAUGGAAACCAACCUGGGAAUACUUACGUUAAAAUAUAAGAAUCCAUAUUGAUUUGCUUUAAAUAAUCGAACAACUGAUGAUACUUUUCAAAGUAAAUCGAAAUGAAAAAGAGUCUGAGAAAAGCAAUAAAAGAUUCUGAUUUUCUGAUUUUCGUGUAGAA